UGAAAACCAACAUCCCGCCGCCCAACAAAACUUACAAACAAACCCCUUGGCAACAUAGUGUAUUUACGAUUGUCGGGCCCAGAGUGCAGAGACUCCCGGGAAAUCGACAAGUGCAACCGGGGGCGGUUCAAUCACCGCUACGAGAUAUCUCCCCCGAGCUGAAGCAGUCCAACGAUAGACAGGAUACGGUGUUUGAGGACGACACGGAGGAAGACAAAGCGUAAACGGCAAGGACAAGACCUGUGGGAUCAGACGCUGGGCGUGUUGUGUAGUCCUGAGCGGCGCCAAGACUUCAGUCCCACCAACGACCAUGGCCAACGGCGAGGGAAGCUUACUUGCCAUGGCAAGAUCCGGCUUCAGCAGCAACAGUGGUCUGCUCCCCAUCUCAAUACCCGAGUACAGCGCCGACGAGAUCAAGGUCUACAUCGACACGCGGCUCGCUGCGGACGUGGGCGAGCGGGAGGCGAUCGCCGCUAAGAUGGCCGACAAGUCUGGAGGCGUGCAGCUGUGGGCAGAGAUGGUGACCGCCAUCGUCAACGAGGCGAGCGAGGGCGGCGUGUCAGGAGAGGUGAUCAUGGGCAUGCUGGACGACAUUGCACCAACCGCGGUUGCAAAGCUGGACGACUUGUAUGCCUGGAAACUGAGUCGCUUAAGCCCCACAGAACAAGCCCAGGCCUUCAUGGUGAUGCAAUGGGUCAUCUUGGCAGCAGAGCCAUUGCGGCUCAAUGAGCUGCUUGAUGCGAUGAGGCUGAUCCUUGCCAUACGGCAGCGUGACGGGCGCAAAGAGUGGAAUCCCAUCUCGGUUCUGAACAUCGAGCCGCCCCUGUCUAUGGAGGACAUGAAAACCGCCGAAGAUCAUGAGAUGGGUGCUGGGAUUCCGAUGGACUCGCCUGUGCUAUUCUGGAGAUGGAUACAGCGAAUCUCUCAGGGCCUGCUCAAGUUGGAGUCUGCAGGCGGCCCAGGCAGCAGGAUAUCGAACGACCCGCUUGGCCGGAAGUAUCUCCGACCAGCUCACACCACCGUCCUGCAAUUCUUCCGAAAGGGUAGAGGAUUCCAGUCGCUUUCACCCUUGCCAGAUAAGCAGCAGGCUAGGAUCUCCUCGACAGAGACUUUGAUCGACAACAGCCAGUACUGGCUCCUCCGUGCGUGUCUGAGCUACCUGAGCAUGGCAGAGCUCAACCACCUGGGCCAGGACAUGCCUGAAGAGACGGACCAGCGGCUCCAACAUGCCGAAGAUCAGAGGAAGGCGGCCAUGGCAUCAUAUCCCCUCCUGCGAUACGUAGUGGACAAUCUGGUCUUCCACCUGCUCUGCCCGAGACAGUGCAGGUAUUUCUUGCCACAAGCAGAGCUCCUCGGGCUUUUCACAGCCAACAGAUGCCACUUGUGGCGGAGAUGGACAUAUCUAUUAGGUUUCGAUGUCGAUGACGCUGAUCCUGAGGCUGUUCUCAACAAAGCAAGCCAGGGAGCGACCAAGAAGUUGCUCGCACCGAUAUACGGCGCCAAAUACAGACUCAUCAGGGUCCUUCGAAAGGUGUGGAAGACAGCAAUGGAGCAGCAAAAGAGCGGCGUCCUAUCUGGGGACUUGUCCACGGUACAGACGGAAACACACGAUCAGCUGGAGUCAGGUUCUCCUGCGCAAUUGAUGAUGCCCAACCUUGGUGGAGGAAAUGGCUUGACAAAGCUGCUAUUGGGUCCACCUGUCUGGAAGAGCAGGAGGAAGAGGUUCAAUACCAUGGACAUAGCAGGCCUUGCGGUACAGAAUGCCGUGUAUAGACGAUCAGUCCCUAGAGGAGAGAACAUUACUGAGCCCCAAUAUGAGUCUCGUGGCCUUCAUCAAGAGAGCCUUUUGCCCUGCCUGAUCACCAUUGCGACAGCGACAACGCCGAUAGCGAAGGCGACGGCGAUUCGCACAUAUCUUCGCCAAUGGGACCCCUCGAGGCCUGAAUCGAUACAACAUGGCGACGAAGCUGAACCGACACCUCGCGUUAGACGUGGCCCAGAUGUGUUCCAUGUCGCCGAUCAUUCAUUGGCCCAGAAGCUCCUCGAGUCUCAGGUGUGGACAAUCUCUUCUCCUAAGCCGAAGAAGGAGCCCCGGCGCCUGGGACGGCCGCCAAAAAAAACGCCUGCAGACGUCACAAAAGAGGCACCAAAGAAGAGAGGGAGAUCACGGAAGGCAGACGUUCAAGCGCGCGAGAACAAACCCAAGGAGGCUGAGCUACAAUCCGAAUUGCGAGAGGCGGCAAAGCCAAAGGCUGACAGGGCGAGGAUCAACGUCGUCAGUGAAAGACUUGUCAAGGACAUCACAACCUACCUCGAACCUACUUUCCGCCGUCACAAGGGAUGCGAUUUGAUAUCCGUCUAUCCAGGCUCUGGACUCUGGGACCGAGCCCUCCACGACGCCGUCCAGCCGCGAUCCCACCUGCUGUUAGAGCCCGAUGCAGACUUCUACCAACCCUUCCUCAAGCCACUCCUUGACAGAGACGGCGUCCGUAUCCUGCCCAAAUCUGGCAUCGUGUGGGACGAGCUCAACAAGAUCCUGACGCCUGAGAACUUCCCGAAUCAGGUCGAGACGAGCAAGGACCCCAAAGUACCUCCCCCGCGCAACGACACCCUUCUUGUCACGAUGAAUCUCUCCAUGUACCCUAAGAGGAGGUUCACCGUGUUCGACUCCGUCUCUCGUCUGGUCGUAUAUCAGUUGAUUCAGAGCAUGCGCACGUCGACCCUCUUCCAGAAGUACGGUCAGGUGCGCGUGCUGAUCUGGAUACCCGACGAUGAAAAAGCACAAUUAGUGCCCCGGACCACAACUAAUAGGAACAAAUUAGCCAUCCAGGGUGAGCUAACGACCGAGUAUAUUGCCGAGGUUUGCUGCACCGAUCACGUCGUGGAGGCAGGUGUGUCAGUCAAGAAAACCGACAGGAUCAGGAAUGACCAGAUAGACCUUGAGAGUGCGAGACAGACCCUGCUCAGGAUGCGCGAGGGCGGUUUCGAGACACCACCGGGACGGAAGACGCAAAUCGUAAAGAUGCUCGAGGAGCUUCAGCUCCCUCUGAACGAGCCCAUCUCCCUGAUGGAGAUCAAGAAUAUACGCGACAAGACCACCUCGGUGGAACAUCGGAAGCUGCUGGAUUUACAAGAGAAGGGCAGACUGGAGGAGGAUAGCGCACAGUCGACGAGGUUGCAGCGGCUGAAGCACUAUCACUCUAGGCAAGACCGGGAGGAGGUCAGAAUCUUUGACUGGGUUCGUCAGUUCGACGAAAUCAUGGAUGCGUAUGGCGAGGCGGCGCGGGCGACCACGCCGAAGGCGCGUGAGAAAAAGCUCGCAAGAGCGAAGGAGAAGGAGGCAGACUUUGACGAACGUCUCCAGAAGCUGUCCAGCCAGAUGCACGGCCAAGUCUGCCACACCCGCGACCAACUGCACCUCAUACGGCAGCCCGCAGAGUUGGGCAGUAUCCUCAGCUGGGACCGCCGUCCCUGGGAGCCCCUCACUGUUGACGCAACCGACUUCUUCCCGAACGUACCCUGUGCGCUGCUCGAUAUCCAACCCAAGGCGCCCAGCCCGCUCCUUCGCGCUGCAGGGCCGGGCAGCAGCAACUCGGGCGAUAUUUUUGACCUGUUGCUAAGCACCCUCCUGUGGACACGCAGCGCGACACUGCGCAAGCAACUCGACCAGGUGUGGCCCGGCACGUAUGAUGGGAUUAUAGACAACGUACCGUCGGUGGCGGACCCGGCCAAGGGGGGGAUCCCUCUGAAAGGCUCGAUGGCGAUCACCGUGCGCGUGCUGAACCAGCUCCAGAUGGUAGAAAUUCUGGAGGCGUUUAUGAAGUGGCCGUUUAGGCCGUCGUACGCUGACUUGGUGGGCCGCCUGGCGGAUGAGCGGGCGGCAGGCGAGGAGGCAUUGUCGAUUGCUGAGGAUGAGACUGUUGACUUGAUGGGCCUGGCAAGUGCCGAUAACUUCUAGGAGAGAUGACAUCUGUAUGUAGAAAUUACAGACAGCCAACAAUGCUACUCAUGCCAACGUGCAGUCAUCAU